AGCGGUUAGAAGCGGGAAUGCUGGAUCCUCCCUUUGUCCCCGAUCCCAGAGCAGUAUACUGCAAGGAUGUGUUAGACAUCGAGCAAUUCUCCACAGUGAAAGGAGUUAACCUGGACCAAACAGAUGAUGAUUUCUAUUCCAAGUUUUCCACAGGAUCAGUGUCUAUUCCAUGGCAAAAUGAGAUGAUAGAAACAGAGUGUUUCAAAGAACUGAAUGUAUUUGGACCAAAUGGUACUAUUUCACCAGACCUAAACAAAAGCUACCCCCCAGAGCCACCCAAGAAAGGAUUGCUACAGAGGAUAUUUAAACGACAGCAUCAGAACAAUGCAAAGAGUUCUCCAAAUUCAAAGGCCAAUUUAAAUCAUCACAUAAAUUCAAAUCACGUAAGUUCAAACUCCACUGGAAGCAGCUAGUUCCAGCUCAGUUUUAUGAAACAACAUGUUGCAUCCUUCCACUAUAAUCUAUGGAUGAGAGAGCCUCCACCGUUGAGUGAAAAAAAAAAGGAUCUCCCAAAAAUGGAAAUUUUCUAUCCGUUCCUUCCAGUGGAGCCUCGCAUUUUAAGAAGAAUUUUCCACUCAGGUCUGUUUUUGGAGGUGGCACUCAAGACUGUGUGAAUCAAAUUUGUCUAUUUAGAACAUUGCAAUAGAAAUUCAAUGAACAUGACUACUUGCACGUAUUUAAAUAGCAUCAUACUAGAACUGAAUUUUGUCUUUAUUAUUUUUAAAAAAAAAGUUUUGUAAAUUUCUCUAUUGUCUCAGUUUACAUUUUGUACAUUUGUAUUUAAAUGAAAGUCAGACUUUGGAGGUGUAUAUUUUCCAAGCAGCAGCUGUAAAGCCAUGUGUUUUAAGACAUUUUUUUAAAAGAAAAAAAAAAUGUGACUCAAGACUUCCAGAGCCGCAAAUGAGAA